GGGGGGCGGGACGACGAGGAGGAGGAGGAGGAGGAGGAGGGAGGGGCGUGCGUGGAGAUGCAAGGCCUAGUGCCUCGAUCAGCUUAGGCGGGAGAGCGGCGGCAGCGAACGGCGUCGGCAAGACAGGGCCUAAUUACCCCCCCUCCUCCUCCUCCUCCUCCUCCUCACUGCUCCCCGAGCCCCUCAAAAACUAAAAUCACAAAGACUGAGGGGGGGGGGGGAAAAAAAACCAAAACAGGCAAAUGUCAGCGCGGCUGCCAGACAAGUUCCUCCGUGCCGCAGUUUUAACCUGCCACCCGCUGCCACCUUGAAGCCUAUGACCAUUUAUGCUGACCUCGAUUCGGUGGAGUCGCUCUUCGAUGAGCUGCCCUAUAUGUUUUACGUGGGAUUGUUUUUUGUGAACGUGCUGAUCCUCUACUAUGCCUUCCUGAUGGAGUACAUCCUCCUCAACGUGGGAAUCGUCUUCCUGCCGGACGACUUCGACCAGGCUCUCGUCGACCUCGGGGUCCUCUCGGACCCGGCAUCGGUUACCUUCGACACCGACGCCGAGCUGGACGUAUUCGAUGGCUACUUUGACUAAGGAGCAAUAAAAACAAAAACACACAUACCAGGCCUUGUGAAACCGAUCAUUCCCCCACCACCACCCUCUCGUUUCCCAACCCUUCCCCUUCACCCCACCCCCCUCCUACCUACCCACCCACCCCAGAUCCCAGACAUGGGCAGCGACUGUACAGCAGAUCAGGAUGACAGACCUUGUUCUGCAAGCCGAGCCCUUGCUGGAGCAGAGGACAGUUGUCUGUUCAAACGUUUCCGGACCCCUUCCGGACGAGCCAAGAUUGCAAACAGUGUGGACUUGUGCAUUCCAGAGCAUUUAUCUGUUUAUAGUGGUGGUUACCGUGGCAAAACCGAACUUCCUCCGCGGGAUUAAAUGAACAGUGAUAUGCACUAGUGCGAGAGGACCUGAGUUUCUCUCUCCACUAUUCCCCCAGCCCCCUGAAAAUCCACAGUCUUGAUUGGUACCAUCAGAAAAAAAAUGAUCAGCAGAAACUCACAGGAUGGGUGGAUCAUCUCAAGCUGCUUUCCUUAGUUCCUAAUGCCUAGAAGAACUGGAACUUGGAGAUGUUCUGCCUCAGAAGAGUCACUUUAAAUCACACAUUGGAGGAAAAGACCCAAAAGGGCUUUGAUUGCCAUAUGAAUUGGAUAGUAAUAGAAAGAAGCAAUACAAUACAAGAGUUCUGUGUAGAAAAUGAAUUUGAUGGGAAAAGAGACAUUAAUAUUUAUACUUUUUGCACCAAUGUAUCUAUAGCACUAAGCACUGAAUUAACAUAUGUCUUACAUACACUCCAAUAAUGUGGCUUUAAAUGCAAAUUGUUGAAUGUUACUGAGCUGAGCAUGCAACAUAAAGGAUUUGCAUUAUUCAUAUUUCAGUCAUGUAUUUCUUGUGGCUGGAAUUGUAGUUUAAUUUAACAUUGGUUCUUUUUAAAGAAUCACUUUACCUGAUCCUGCUAUGUAAUAUUAAUAUAAUUUACUCAAUUAAAAGUUACCAUUUUUUGGUUAUAACCUUUCUAGUGAAUGAUGUAUGGUUUUGCAGUUAUAUUGAUCUAUUAUGUAUUAUAUAUGAUAUGUCAGGGCAUGCAACAGGCUAACCCAUUUAAUUACUUGCAGUACCUGUUACACCUCUUGUGCGGUGAUAGAUAAUUUCAGUGUUAUAACUGUUAUACUUCCUGUCACUGCUUGUGUCACAUAUUAUGGCUGCUAUGUUAUUGUGAGAGCACAAUCUGCCAAUGGAUUCCCACAGGUCACUAAAAAUUCCUUCCGAACGUUUUUCCUCAGUAGCUGAAAUUUCUAUUGUCCAAAAUAGCAGUUUAAACAAAAUAAAAGUUUAAAAAUUUCA